CCUAAUUAUAAAUAUCAAAAAGUAAAAGCUCCCGACACAAAAAAGAUUCAGAGAUCUACUUGCACUAAAGUAGAAUACAAUUCUUGAAAAUUCUUUCUUUGAUCUUCUUCACACUCAUCAAUAUUCAAUUUUCGAUUUUGAGCCGUCGAGAUGAUUCAAUUACUGUUCUUUCUGAUAUUCAUCGAGAUUGGUCUGAUCGUGAUGUUCGUGUUCAAGACCCCGUUGAGGAAACUGGUGAUAAUGGGUUUGGAUCGGGCCAAGAGGGGUCGGGGUCCGAUUGUGGUUAAAACGGUGGGAGGUACAGUUGGGGUGGUGAUGAUGUCGAGUUUGUAUAAUGUCAUGUCGAUACAGAAGCGGAGGAUUGAAGAUGGGGAGUACGUUAAUCCUACGGAUCAGGUGCUUUCUGCCAAGUCUCUUCUUGAAGCCUCUCUUAUGGGUUUCUCUCUCUUCCUUGCUUUAAUGAUAGACAGAUUGCAUCACUAUAUCAGGGAGCUCCGUAUUCGAAGAAAGGGGAUGGAAGCUGUAAAGAAGCAAAACCGAGGCUUUGAGGAUGUCAUCAAAGCUGGAGGGUCUGAUGAAAUUAAAGCGUUGGAAGAUGAGGCUGUCAUGCUAAGAGAGAAGUACAAGAAAUUGCAGUCAGAACUAGAGGCAAAGACUAAAGAAGCCAACGUUGCUGAAGCCAAUGCUGUUGCUUUGAAAAAGCAGUCUGAAGGAUUUCUUCUUGAGUAUGACCGUUUGCUCGAAGACAACCAGAACCUUAGGAAUCAGUUGCAAUCAGUGGAUCGGACACUAUCACAUUCUGGUAGCAAGAAGGUUAUGUAAGAUUUAUGCUUCUGAUUGAUGAUAUACUUUUCUGGAUAUCUGCUGUCAAGGCUAUAGUGACUAAAUGGUAGACGAGAGUUUUUGGUUGUGAUUGAUAGGUGAUGUGUUAUAAAAAAAAUUAGUGAUGGCAAAGUGUAGUAAUACUUAUGAGUAGAUGACAUUUUGUGAUAUUAUAUGGAAGGGAAGAAAUGCUUAAGUUUCUCAACUAAGCAAAAUAGUGCUUUUGUGUAAUGACAUUUCACGAGUCUUUGAUUAAAGAGCUAGGUUGUACGUUUGAAUUCGAA